AUGUCAGACCGUGUCACCCAACUACAAGAAGCCGUCAACGAGCUGGCGAACCUGAUGGGCAACUCGAUCGGCGUCUUACAAGCCAUUGCCCCACCCUGUGAGCUGGGCGGGACAUCACAAGAAAUCGACACCGAGUCCAACUGCGAAUUGUUCGCCAAGCUGAUCGCGCAAACGACGAAGGACAUUGAGAUUCUCAUCGACACGUUCCCCAGCGAGGGGGUCUCGACGGCCGAAAUUAACGAGCAGAUGGUUCGGAAAGACCAUGACAAGAUGAAGCUAAUGCGAGAACUGGAGGCGAGCGUCGACGAUGCGGAACGGUUGUCCAAGUCGUUGGAGCAGAAGCUGAGCAAGAUCGCCCAAGUUCAAGUGCAAAGCCGGCCGCAU